AACUUACUAAUCCUGCCGUGUACAUUCUCAUCCUGAUCGCUGAUAUAAACAGCAAAGAGCAACGGGCACAGCACUGAACCGUGAGGCACAGUGAUCAUCACAGGCCUCCAGUCCAAAAACACCUUCCUACUACCACCCUCUGCUUCCUUCCAUGAAGCCAAUUCUGUAUCCAGUUUGCUCGCUCUCCCUACAUCCCAUGGGAUCUAACCUUCCAGAGCUGCCUGUCUGUGCCAUAGAUGUUAACGUUUAUAUUUCCUUUUCUACAGCACCGUGUGCCCCAGAUGAAAUUAUCACCAACGUGGAUUGUACCUCCAAUAGAGUGGUGGUUUCAUGGGGAAGAACUGAUGGGGCGAUCUCGUACGAUGUAACAGCUGAAGGAAGUGAUGGGCACACACACUCAGACAACACCACAGAUACACGCUAUGAAAUGCUGGAUUUACACUGUGGACAAUCCUAUAACAUAACCGUAACAACUCUGAGAUACAGCCGGCACGGCAUUUCAAGUACUUCUGUACAAAUACAAACUGCACCCUGCAUUCCUGAGAAUCUCAAAGCUGAGCUGAAUUGUGAAUUGAAUACAAUAUAUUUCUGGUGGGAUGAAGCUGACGGAGCAAAGUUGUACACGGUGACUGUUCGAGACAGUCAAAGGGAAACAGCUUCAUUCAACACAAGUGAUACAAGGGCUCAAACCCAAGAGCUGCAGUGUGGUGAAUAUUAUACAAUCUCUGUUCUAGCAACAGAUGAUAUCUGCAGGAGACCCCAGACAGCAGUGGUCAAUGUGCAUGCAGUCGCUUGUGAGCCUCAUAAUGUCAAAGCACAAUUGGACUGUAACGUCAAUACAGCAUUGGUAAUGUGGGACUCUGGUAAAGGAGCACUGUGGUACACUGCCAUUGCAGAAGGUGCUGAUGGGAACAAUGUCUCGUGCAGCACAUCAGAAACAUCCUGUCGAACACCCGCGUUACUCUGUGGCCAGUUAUAUUCUGUACAUGUUGUAGCAUCGGACAGGACUUGUAACCACUCUGUGAGUUCUUCAACUGAAAUUCAGACAGCUCCCUGCAGUCCCCAGAAUGUAAGUGCUUAUUUGGACUGUACAGCACGCACAACAUCAGUGUGUUGGGAGCAGAGUGAAGGUGCAGUGUUCUACACGGCCAUUGCAGAAGGAAUGCAAGGAGACUGCUACUCGUGCAACACAACCAAAGCAAACUGUGAUAUCCUGGGCCUCCCAUGUGGCCAGUGGUACAAUGUAACUGUGUUAGCAAUGGAUGAGAAUUGCACCAGUUUACCAAGUACAGCCGAAGAAAUUCAAACAGUACCUUGUAUCCCACAGAGUGUGGCUGCUCACGUUAACUGUGGAAAUAACACUGUAUCAGUGUUUUGGGAUCCCAGCAACGGUUCAGAGUCAUACCAUGUAACAGCACAAGGAAUCAAUGGCCAUUGGGCCUCCUGCAAUACAACAGGCACUGAAUGUGAGGUCUCUGAUCUGCACUGUGGACUGAAUUACUAUAUAACGGUAGAGGCAAUCCGCAUGGAGUGUAACAGCUCACAAAGCUCUGCUUUAACAAUUAAAACAGUACCGUGUGUGCCCCAGAAUGUUGACGCUCACAUGGACUGUGAUGCUGGACAUAUGUCGGUCUCCUGGGAGUUCAGUGAAGGUGCAAUAUCAUACGUGGCUACUGCAGAAGGGAGCAACGUGCAGCAAUGCAGUGCCAAUGAUACACUGUGUGAUAUCACCGACCUGUACUGUGGAGAGACCUACACCCUCUCAGUUUAUGCGAUUGAUGACACCUGUGACAGUGUUGAAAGUCCUUCCGUCACAAGGAGAACAGUUUCGUGCCUCCCACAGAAUCUUGAUGUCCAGUUGGACUGUGACACAAACGAUGCUUCAGUGCUGUGGAGCCACACUAAAGGUGCCGUGUCUUACUCUGCCACAGCAGAAGGAAACGAUGGGCACACAGUUUCCUGUGAGACAGUCAAUAAAGAGUGUCAGAUAAGCAACCUACACUGUGGACAAAUGUAUAACCUAACUCUGACAGCAUUGGAUGGUGUGUGUGACAACUCACAGAGCUCUCAGUUUGAAUUCAACACGGCACCUUGUGCACCAGAGGACAUCUCCACCGGUCUGAACUGUGACACCAAGAGUACAUCAGUGGCCUGGGAGGAGAGUGAUGGGGCGAUGUGGUACAUUACAACAGCAGAAGGACAAGAUGGACACAUUUCACUGUGUAACACAACGGGGACAAGCUGUGAAUUCAUGGACCUGCACUGCAGUCAAACGUACUCACUAACUGUAACAGCGAUGGACAGUUACUGUCAGAGUGUAAACACUUCAGUUUUUGAAACUGCAACAGCCCCUUGUCCCCCUCAGAACGUACAAGUUGAUAGUGUUGGCGUCACUGCCUCUGUAAUAUGGGAGAUGAGUAAUCUCACAGUGUGGUACACUGCAACAGCAGAGGGCAGCGAUGGACACACGGCCACUUGUACCACGUCCGACACAAACUGUCUAAUCCCAGAUCUUCACUGCAGCCAAACGUACAGCAUCUCCGUCCUCGCAUUUGGUGAAACCUGCAGCAGUCUCCAAAGCUCCAGUCAUGAAAUUCAUACAGCACCUUGUGCCCCAGAUGAAAUUAUCACCAAUGUGGAUUGUACCUCCAAUAGAGUGGUGGUUUCAUGGGGAAGAACUGAUGGGGCGAUCGCGUACGAUGUAACAGCUGAAGGAAGUGAUGGGCACACACACUCAGACAACACCACAGACACACGUUAUGAAAUGCUGGAUUUACACUGUGGACAAUCCUAUAACAUAACCGUAACAACUCUGAGUUACAGCCGGCACGGCAUUUCAAGUACUUCUGCACAAAUACAAACUGCACCCUGCAUUCCUGAGAAUCUCACAGCUGAGCUGAAUUGUGAAUUGAAUACAAUAUCUUUCUGGUGGGAUGAAGCUGACGGAGCAAAGUUGUACACGGUGACUGUUCGAGACAGUCAAAGGGAAACAGCUUCAUUCAACACAAGUGAUACAAGGGCUCAAACCCAAGAGCUGCAGUGUGGUGAAUAUUAUACAAUCUCUGUUCUAGCAACAGAUGAUGUCUGCAGGAGACCCCAGACAGCAGUGGUCAAUGUACAUGCAGUCGCUUGUGAUCCUCAUAAUGUCAAGGCACAACUGGACUGUAACGUCAAUACAGCAUUGGUAAUGUGGGACUCUGGUAAAGGAGCACUGUGGUACACUGCCGUUGCGGAAGGUGCUGCUGGGAGCAACGUCUCAUGCAGCACAUCAGAAACAUCCUGUAGAACACCCGCGUUACUCUGUGGCCAGUUAUAUUCGGUGCAUGUUGUAGCUUCGGACAGGACUUGUAACCACUCUGUGAGUUCUUCAAUCGAAAUUCAGACAGCUCCCUGCAGUCCCCAGAAUGUGAGUGCACAUUUGGACUGUACAACACGCAAGAUGGUCGUGUGGUGGGAGCAGAGUGAAGGUGCCAUGUUCUACAUGGUCAUGGCAAAUGGAAUGGAAGGAGAAUGGUACUCAUGCAAUACAACAGAGGCAAGCUGUGAGAUCAUCGGCCUCCCAUGUGGCCAGAUGUGCAAUAUAAGUGUCCUUGCAAUGGACGGGAAUUGCACCAGUUUACCGAGUCCUACUUUUGAAAUUCAAACAGAGCCUUGUAUUCCACAGGAUGUGGUUGCUCAGAUCAACUGUGAAAAUAACACAAUUUUGGUGUUUUGGGAUCCCAGCAAUGGUUCAGAGUCAUACCAUGUAACAGCACAAGGAAUCAAUGGCCAUUGGGCCUCCUGCAAUACAACAGGCACUAAAUGUGAGGUCUCUGAUGUGCACUGUGGACUGAGGUACUAUAUAACAGUAGAGGCAAUCCGCAUGGAGUGUAACAGCUCACAAAGCUCUGCUGUGACAAUCAAAACAGUACCGUGCGUGCCCCAGAAUGUUGACGCUCACGUGGACUGUGAUGAUGGACAUAUGUCGGUCUCCUGGGAGUUCAGUGAAGGUGCAAUAUCAUACGUUGCUACUGCAGAAGGGAGCAACGUGCAGCAAUGCAGUGCCAAUGAUACACUGUGUGAUAUCACCGACCUGCACUGUGGAGAGACCUACACCCUCUCAGUUUGUGCGAUUGAUGAUACCUGUGACAGUGCUGAAAGUCCUUCCGUCACAAUGAGAACAGGUAAAUGCUGAAAAAACAAUCUCCUACAUUUACGAUACGAUAGAACUUUAUUUAUCCCAGGAGGGAAAUUGA